AAGAAAAAGAAAAUGCUUGGAAGACUUGUUAACAAAUUCAAACGCCAAACCUUACAAGAUGGUGCUAGUGGCGAUGCUUCACCUCCCGCUCAACUUUCACCUCCGCCACUUAGAGAUACAGAAACUGGAUGCCCAACAACUCGUCGAAGUGCUCGUUUAAAUGAAAAGGCUGACAAAGAAAGUGUUGAAUUUACAACAAAUUCUUCGGUGUCUUUGGCUUUGUCUCAAUCACCUCCAACUACGAGAGCAAGACGUGCACAAUUGGAAGCAGCUGCCGCUGUUUCAGAACAAAAACAACAAUUUAUUUCGAUUUCUUCUCGACCUACUUUUGGUGGAAAUUAUCAAUUUGGUUGUGCAAGUAGUGAUAAUAAUUUACGCCAUUUGGCUAAUCCAACAACAAAUAUAUUAGCUACUAGACCUCCCCACCGUCCAUUGGCACAUUGUGAUAGUGGUACUGAAUCUUCAGAUGAUGAUGAAGAUGAUGAGGAAUUGGAAAUGUUGGAUUCUCUUUCGAAUGCUUCUCGUGCUGCUUUAGAGGAAGGUAUUGGUCGAAGUCCUCCAACUCUGACAAGCUCACCUCCAUUGAUCAGCGAAAUUGAAACAAGCAGUUGGGAUAGUUGUGGAUGUGAAUCGGGAAUUGUUUUGCGUGAUUCGGCUGAAAGAGACGAUGCUUCCCGUAAUGUGGAUUUGUUGGAGGCUGCUUUAGGUGGAGGGGAAUUGGUGCUUGAUAUUGAUGGGAAAAAACAAAUGGGGACGACAUUUGGCGAUGAGACAGCCGGAACUACUCCUGUACAGAGGUAGAUUUUUAAUUUUAGACGAAGUUCUGGUAAUUUAUUAUUUAAUUAAACACCAAAAUAUUUAACAUUUUUUAAGCCAAAAAUAUAUUUUUUUAUUUUUAUCAAUUUUCUCAUUAAUAAUCCUCCCCCUCUCUUUUUUAUUUAAUUCUUGUUUGUUUCCACAUUUUCCAAUAUUUUUAAGGAUCGGGGCAAUAAAAUGUGCAAUUCCCAAUAGAGCUAUUAUUAUUAUUCUCUCUUGGCUUUUGCUUAAUAUUUUGCUUUUUUACUUUUAAAAUUAUUUUUGUU